AUGCGACCCCCCAUCGAAUUCCCCAGCGUAUGCCUCAUGGGUGGUUAUGAUAUAGGAACUGUAAGAAACAAAAUAGUGGAGGCACUUGGGUACGUUGAUGAAUCCAGCGGACGAUGCAACCCAAGGACUUUCAGUGGGAGACCUGAUGAUGACUGUCAAUGGAUCCAAGGGCCAGCUUUUCUGAGGAAAGACAAGGAACACCGGCCAGAGAAGCCGAGACUACCACUGAAUCUAAGUGCCGACAUGGAGCGUAAACGUCCCAAGAGGUGGGGAUGUCUGUCCACAUGCCUGACCACUCAUGCUACACACCUUGAGGUUCUUGCCUCACAAGAUGUUGAUGCCAUUCGCAAUGCCAUAGAGAGAUUCUCGACCCAUAAAAGUACCCCAGAACGCAUUAUCAGACAACGGCAUAUACAUGCAUCAGACAUGGAGGAUGUGUGGAAACAACAGAUACGGACAGUAAGGAAGGUUCUACAAGCACUCAUUGGAUCAGAAGUGCUAGACAAUGAAUGUCUUCAGACCUUUUUUUGCGAUGUGGUAGCUGUAGUGAAUGAAUGGCUGAUUACCCCUAUUUCAGAUGAUGUCAAUGAUCUGGAGGCACUCAUGCCUAUGCCCAUCUUACGCCCUGGUACAACAUGCAAUCUUCCCCGAGGUGGCCUACUGGUGAAGCAGUCGUAUUGCAGGAGAUGGAAAAAUGAUCAGUUCCUAGAGGACCUAUUCUGGAAAUGUUGGAUGCAGGAAUACGUGCCUUUGUUGAGAAUCUGUCAAACCCAUCUCAAACCACAGCGCAACUUUCGACCAAAUGACAUGGUCAUCGUAGCCAGGAAGGCCAACUCUUGGAAUCAAUGGCCACUCAUCAGAGCAAUAGAGUAA